UUCACGGCGUCCACAACCAGGAAGCUACUGUGAAUGACGUGCAUAAAGGGGUUUUUCUAUUGCUGUUUAUACAGAAACCGGAAAGUUAUUGUUAGAAUUUCAGGUCGGACGUGAAGAAGUGAGCCGUUGUGCUUUUCUUUGGGUGCUAGAAAUCGGAACCGGCGAGCGACACUAUUGUUCAACAAUUUUACUGUAUUUUUAUUUACUCAACGGAACAAGGAGUGAUUCAGUUUCAAUGUCAACUUUCCCUUUUGUAUAAAUUAAGCUACUACGCAAAAGCCUUUUUACGAGGGAUCAUCAAAAUGGAUCACCAUUUCCACAUUAUUUUGGGCCUGAUUUUCUGUCUCGGGUUAUUGGUUUUAACGUCGAGCUUGUUAGUGGAAAGUCCUCCGAUAACCUGCAAUCAGACGGGGCUGAGCUGUACUGUUAUCCGAGAUAACUGCUAUGAAAACCUACUUCAUUCAGCUCAAUGGACACCAUCUGCACCAGUGUGGAAUUCUGAUGAGAUAGGAAUUGAUCUGAUUGAAGACGAAAAUGGUAAUGAAGUUCCUGUCUUGGAGAUAAAAUGGAAAUCUGCCCAAGAUGCCAGCAUCAAGUAUCUUAAAGGAGCUCAGGUCAAAAUAUUGCAGGCAUCUGACAAUUCAUUGUUCUGCAUUAAGUAUAUGUUCCAUAAUAAGAUUACAUCACAAGUCAACUUUAACAAGCAGCCGUGGUCAUUUUCAUUCAAUAGGUUCAUCGCAGGACCUGGACAGAAGUACUUUGUCUCAGUAUACCAUCUUCCACAACUUAACAGUGAUUCAAUUAAUUCCAUAUCUAAAAGUGUUGAAAUUCCAGGUUGCAGUGAUCCUAGAAUAAAAAGAACAAAGCCAUGCCAGUUAAGUGGAAACUUAUGGGAACCAAAUAUUACACUUGAGACAAAUGAAAAAGAGGCUUCUGUUUAUUUUAAGUUGGAACCUGAUGCGCAAAAGUAUGUAGUUUUUAUGAAGAGCUUUUAUGAUGGAAGUCAGUGUUCUGAGAAAAAAGAAGAAAUCACUAACAUUACAUUCUCUGAAAAUUUGAAAAUGGCCAGUGUGAAAAUGUCAACAUCUGGUUGGAAGAGAAGUUGUUGCAACUAUUCCGUGAUGGUGUCAACACAUUAAUAGUUCAUAAUAACAGCUCAUAUUACUGGGUCAUCCCUGUGCUCGGACUGCUCCUCUUCAUUAUCCCUGCAGUAAUAUGUAUUAAAAAGA